UUUGUAUCAGCACCGGAGAGGGGCCAGCCGCCCGGCCUGCCUCCCCCAGACCCUGGCUGCAGGGACCCCCCUGCGAGAAAGGGGCAGGAAGCCAGGCCCAUCCCUGCAGGGUGCACUCGAGAGGGGCUGGCAGGCCCUGCUCCCCCGACACCCCCCAGCAGUGCUCGGAGCCACGAGAGGAACUGGGCCAGGCCUGAGCCUGCUAACCCGGGCAAAGCUGCCCCACCCUGAGCCCAGCCCAGCCUCCGAUCGAUUAGCUCGGCGGUCGAUUGGCCGGGUCUGUCUCAAGAUGGCGGCGCCCAUGCCAGCCGGCCCGUAGGGCAGGGGAGAUGCUGCUGCUGGGGCUCCGCGGGGCGCUGGGCCGGGCCCGGAGCUGCCGCCUGCCAGGCCUCGGCUGGAGGGGGGUCAGCGGGGCCCUCCGCCUGCAGGAGACGGGAGACGGGCGCUCGGUUUAUAGCCCGCUUGUUCAGACAGCCAGAGGUUAUGCCCGGCCUGUCAAAAGGAGGAAGCAAGUGCUCCCCAGCCACCUGGAUGACCUUCCUCCUACCAUGCUGAAGAAAGAUUAUGCCAAUGUCCCAAUAAUAGAUAAGGUUGAUGAUGUAGUGAAAAGGCUAUUGUCUCUGGAAAUGGCCAGCCAGAGGGAGAAAGUGAAGAUAAAGACGCAGCAGUUGAUCGAGAAGGUCAGGAGGACUCCUAGUGACAACGGUUCCUUCGAGGUGCAAACUGCUAUUUUAACUGCCAAGAUUCAAACUCACCAGGAGCACCUGCAGAUGCACCCCAAGGACAAAAGUAACCGGCGUCGCAUGCUGAUGGCCAUAGAUCGCCGGAAGAAACUGCUCAAGUACCUGCGUCGCACCCGCUAUGAGACUUUUGAGCACACGUGCAAGCAGCUGGGCAUCCAGUACACGUUACCGCCACCCUAUUGCAGGAGAAUGACCCGGCGCUGGGCCGCUAAGAAGGCUUUCAGCCUCAAGGUUUUCAAUGAGGUACAGAAACUGAAAGCACCCGAGAGGCUAAAGCAGAGACGAGAAUGGCAAGCGAAAGCAAGGGCCGCCAAGGAGCUGACGCUGCAAAGUGAAGGGACCUCGGUAUAGCAGCACCCUGAGCAGAUCUCGCAUUCCAGGCCUGCAUGUGAAAAAUGUGUCCCUCCAAAAUACAAUAAAUGAUUUUAAAGCUA